AUGCCUCCACCGGUCACCCUGGCGUCCUCAACUCGACAAGCCCUACGGCGCAUCACAGCAAAAGAUCCCAUUCAUCCAGCGGCGAUCGUCGGCAAGUUCUGGGAUCAAACGGAGUCCGAUUGUGAGGAGCUGGGAGAUGCGGACGCCCUGCCGCGGUUCUUCCCAAGGACGGCAUCAGCGGCGCCGGCGCCGCCGAUCACUGGCCCUUCUCCCGCACCUGCGGCCACGGCCACCGCAUGUCAACCGAUCCCGAAGCCAUCCCCAAGGCGAGUCCGCGGCAAACUCGCCGGCGUCCGGGUGUCCAUCGGCCUCAAUUUCAAAUUCCAAAUCUUGGAUCCACCGUCAUCCAAAACCGGACUCGGCCCAAGCCGACGCGACCGGCUCAGGUCGCCCCGACUCGGUCGGCUACGAGACGGCCUCUGGUCGCACCGCAUAAGGGCGGUCCCACGCAAGCCGAAGCCUCCACGCAACCACUUCCGAGGCCCGAGACGUCGAGUGGUCAACCCUACGAUCAUCGACGCCGCCGCAACCUGCGCUCCGUCAUACCUCGAGGUGCUGAUGGCCGGGGGAGACGGGGGAAGGAGAGGAGGCCGGGGCGCUCCUGGCAGCGGCGGAGCCGAUCGCCGCCGGGGUCGCGGCCGCGCCAUCAUCGACGACGGACGCGGACGGGACGACGGCCAGGGACAUCGAGGACGUGGUCGCGGGGGUCCGAUGCACAACUCUGGCCGUGGGGGUCCAGCACCCUCUGCCGGCCGUGGAGGCCCUCCACCGGCUGGCCCUCCACCGGCCGGCGGUAGGGGCAACUCUGCCCGGGGUGGACGAAACCCUCGGCACGCAGGAGGUGAAGCUGACAAAGAUCAAGGUCCAAAUAGCUCUGCAACAGAGGCUGCAGUGGUUGAACAGGGACAAGCCGAGCAAGAAGAAGGGAAGAAAAGGAAACGAAACACAGUGAAGAAGGUGUGCACUAUUUGCACGGAUGAGCACUUCACAAAUUUAUGCCCUUUGUUGCGAGGCCCCAAACCCUCAGUCGCGUUGUGUGGUGCAGCUGAGGAUGGGAUGGGGUUUUUCCAAAUCCAGGGUGCAAGAAAUAAUCAGAUCGUGGAGACAUCACAGUCUUCAAUUGCAGCACUCGUCACUGUCAAAGUCGGCAAAGUAUCGGCACAGUUACUUCAGGCGGAGCUCGCUAGGAUUAUCCCGGUCCGUUGGGAUUGGGAGGUACAACAGCUGGGGGCUAACUCUUAUGUUGUCCCCUUCCCCAGCAAAGAAGAACUGGAUCGCAUGAUAGCAAUAGACACCAUCAACACAAAGAACAAGGAAGGCACUAUAUCUUUUGCUGAGUUUGUGGAUGAUGUGCAGCCUAUUAAGGUGUUGGAGCAGGCGUGGGGGACUAUUGUUGAGCUACGCAGAAGGUGGACAUGGUUCAUCUCAGGCAACAGUCAAGCCCGCAUUCUAGUGGCUGUUUUUGACCCCAAGAAGAUACCAGUAUGGCGGACGCUUGUGUUGGCACUAGUAUCUACCGCCUAUUUUUCAAGGCGGAGGAAGAUUUACAAGCCGACACCGGUGCUUGAUCCGUCUGAUGAGGACUUGUUGAGUGAUAAAGAUCUGGAGGAGGAGACCGUGAAAUGGAAGAUGCGGAAGAUCCUAACCCGCAGAACCCUCGGGAUAAUAGGAAGUCUUCCCAACAAGCACCGCAAAGAUACUCAAAAUGUCCCACCUAUGCAACAGGCAAAUCUAGUAGAUGAAGCUUUGGACUUGGCCUUGAGGGAGGAGAGGCUUUACUCCGCCAUUGCCCUCCCCCCGCCACCACCGGAGCUGGUGUCUCUUGCUGCCCCUAUUGAUAUAGGGUGCGGCCUCGUUGGGGGCUCAUCGGAGGCGGCCCUCUCUUCUACUUCUACAGCGGUGGAGACCGGUAUCAUGACGUCGGUCCCUGCAGCGGUGGAGGAACCAGAGUACGCCCCCGCUGCACAGGGACGUGGCCCGGCACCCCCACCACUGGAGGUCACCGCCCUGAUGGCUGCACAGGGAGGUGGCUCGGCCACAUCGACGGAGGAGACGCCCGGCUUGACUCGUCGUCACCCAAUGUUGAGGUGGCUCAGUGAUGGAGUCCACCACUCAUGGAGGUUCGGGAGGGGGGGCCUACUUCGCCACUCGCCCCCAUCCCACGCCGACCGGGAGAGAGGCAGGUGGUGGUGCCGGCCUCACACUACUGGGAGAGGUAGCGGGACUACCGCCAUCGCUACUUUUCUCCACCCAGCUAGAGAGGCUGUGGAGACGCCAUCGCCUGCUGCACCUCUCCCCUGCUACGACCUUGGGAGAGGCAGCGGUGGCACCACCGGUGCAUCUCAGGCCGCCUUGGAGGCAAAGAUUGUUGGAAGGAGCGGGUGCUACCUCACCAUCUCUUGA